UUGAUCCUGCAGGCCGCUCGUGGCAGGCUUGUUCAUGAUCGUGGCCUUCUGCAUCCCUGUUGCUCCCGGGAGAUGCAGGCUGAUUUGGGCGUUCCCGAGGAACACCGGGGUCUGGCUCCACAAGAUCACACCUCGAUGGUUCUCCCAUAGCAACACGAACAGCGUAUUGGAUUCAGAUAUCGUCCUCCUCCAUGUCGAGGAGCGCAACUUUGCUGCCGCGGGCCUCGAUAACUGGCACAAAGUUUGCUAUGUCCCCACAUCUUCAGACGGCAUGGUCGUCGCCUUCAGGAACUGGUUCAGAAAAUUCUGCAAGAAUCAGGUUGGCUGGGCAACCCAACAAGUCAAUCAGCUGCCACCAACCCCUAGUAAGGAUAUGCUCCUGGAGAGGUAUUGGUCACACGUCGUGCAGUGCUCGAGCUGCAGCGCUGCGCUCCAGGCAAUGAAGGUGCUCGAGGUCACACUACAGGUUAUCUCGGUCGCUGUUGUUGGGUUCCUCGCCGUCGCCAAGGAGACGUUGCUCACGUCAGUUGUUCAGAGAAUCUUAGUAGUGUCCGCAGCUAUGUUGUGCUUCGCGGCAUCCCGUUGGCUUGCUAACUACAUGGAGAAGACCUUCUAUUUUCAAGAUUACGCCCAUGCUUACAAGUGAACUGAGUGAUAGUCCAAAAGAUAUUUAGUGUUUAUUGAUAGGAUAUUACAGUUUUUGAUAUAAGGGUGCAUAAGCCAGGCUAUACACAAAGUGUAAGUCAUUUUCCUUUUAGCCAU